AUGUCUUAUCAAGGCCAUGUCAGCGGCACCGGCCGCAACAUCGACAUGACCAAGUCCGAAACCGAGCUCGCCGUCAACAUCCGCAAAGCCACCAGCAUCGAAGAGACCGCCCCCAAGCGCAAACAUGUACGAAGCUGUAUCGUCUACACGUGGGACCACAAGUCCUCCCUAUCCUUCUGGUCCGGGAUGAAGGUGCAGCCGGUCAUGGCCGACGAGGUACAGACCUUCAAGGCCCUGAUCACCAUCCAUAAGGUGCUGCAGGAAGGCCAUCCGGUCACGGUCAAAGAGGCGCAACAAAAUGUCAAUUGGAUUGAGAGUCUGGCCAGAGGCGUUACGGGUGAAGGCCUGAAGGGAUACGGCCCGCUCAUUCGAGAAUACGUUUUCUUCCUCCUGGCCAAACUAUCCUUCCACCGGCAGCAUCCAGAAUUCAACGGCCUGUUUGAAUAUGAAGAGUACAUCAGUUUGAAAUCCAUCAACGACCCCAAUGAGGGCUACGAAACCAUCUCGGAUUUGAUGACCUUACAGGACCAAAUCGACACCUUUCAAAAGCUUAUCUUUUCGCAUUUCCGCGGCGGGGCAAAUAACGAAUGUCGAAUCGCUGCCCUGGUGCCCUUGGUGCAGGAGAGUUAUGGAAUCUACAAGUUCAUCACCAGCAUGCUGCGAGCAAUGCACACAACAACCGGUGACGACGAAGCUCUGGAGCCCUUGCGCACGCGAUACGACGGUCAACAUUAUCGGCUAAUCAAGUUCUACUACGAGUGUUCGAAUCUGCGCUAUCUCACCUCUUUGAUCACCGUCCCCAAACUGCCGCAGGAUCCGCCGAAUCUGCUGGCCGAGGAAGAGGAGCGCCCGGCUCUGCCUAAACGACCGACCAAAGAGAUCGAGAAAGCUCCGACCCCCGUCUCCAAGAAUGGUAUCCCAGACCCGAAAGACAUGGAAGAUUUCUGGUCAAGAGAAGCGCAAAGACAACAGGAGGCUUAUGAGGCCGAGCAACGUCGAUUGCAACAGGAGUGGGAGGAUCAACAACGGGAACAGAUGAGGUUGCAACAAGAUGCUCAACGGGCGUUUGAGGAUCAACAAAGACUGCAACUAGAGCAGCAACGUUUGGCUCAAGAACAACUCAUGCGCGAUCAAAUGCAGGCUCAGACUCAAGGCCGAAUGGCCGAACUAGAGCGAGAGAACCUCGCGGCGAGGGCGCAGUACGAAAGAGAUCAAUUGAUGCUUCAGCAAUACGACCAGAGAAUGAAGGCGCUCGAAGAGCAGCUGCAGCAACUCAACAACAAUUUCCAAAUGCAGUCGCAGUCGAAAGAUGACCAAAUCUCCGCGCUACAAGAACAAGUCAACACAUGGCGACACAAAUAUGAGGCGCUCGCAAAGCUGUAUUCUCAACUGCGGCAGGAACAUUUGGACCUGCUCCAAACCACAAAGUCGCUGAAAUUGAAAGCCGCAUCGGCCCAAGAAGCCAUUGACCGCCGGGAACGACUGGAACGCGAGAUGAAAACCAAAAACCUCGAGUUGGCCGACAUGAUCCGCGAACGUGACCGAGCUCUGCAUGAGAAAGAUCGUGUUCAGGGCGGACAUCGUGAAGAACUCGAGAAGCUGAAACGCGAGCUGAGGUUCGCGAUUGACCGUGCCGAAGAGGCGGAGAAAGCCAAGGGGUCUGAAUUGUCUUCGAUGCUCGCCAAAUACAAUCGUGAGAUGGCCGACCUCGAGGAAGCUUUGCGAAAUAAGACGAGACAGCUCGAGGAGAUUCGAUCCAAGCAUGGCGACCGCGAUGAAGACCAUGAACAGGCGCUCCGUGAAAAAGAUGAGGAGAUCGAGAUCUACAAGUCUGGAAUGGAACAAGCCUUGGAAGAAUUGGAAGAACUCAAGCUAGGCAGCAAUGAAACCGACGGUGCACUCGACGGUGCCAUUGACGAAGUGCUCAAGGCCAACGUGAACAAGAUCAACGAUAUCAUUGACUCAGUUCUGCAGAGUGGUGUACAGAGAGUGGAUGACGCUAUGUACGAACUCGACUCUCCCAUGCAGGCUGGUAAUCAGAAUGCCACCGCUCCCUACGUGUUGUCACAGAUUGAAAAGGCAUCUGCCAGCGCGACCGAGUUUUCAACAGCAUUCAACAACUUCGUGGCCGAGGGGCCAAACAGCGAUCAUGCUGAUAUCAUCAAGACCGUCUCGGUCUUCGCAGCGUCCAUUGCUGAUGUUCUCUCCAACACCAAGGGUCUAACUCGGUUUGCAACAGAGGAAAAGAAGGGCGACCAGUUGAUUGACGCCGCUCGACAAUCCGCUCUGGCAACCAUUACCUUUUUCCGGAACCUCCAAUCCUUCCGGCUCGAAGGACUGGAGCCCAUGCAAAAGAGCGAUGUCGUGAUCAACAACAAUCAUGAUGUCCUGAUGAAACUCCAGAAACUCUCCAAAUUGGCCGAUGCUUUUGCACCAAAGGGCAGUAAGCUCAGCACCACCGGAGACUUGGGUGAUUUGGUGGACUCCGAAUUGACCAAGGCGGCCAACGCCAUCGACGCCGCCGCUCAGCGGUUGGCCAAAUUGAAGAACAAGCCCCGAGAAGGAUAUUCCACCUACGAACUGAAGAUCCACGAUUCCAUUCUCGAGGCCGCCGUUGCCGUGACCAAUGCCAUUGCACAACUGAUCAAGGCUGCCACAGAUUCUCAGAAAGAAAUCGUGCGUGAAGGCCGGGGAUCUUCGUCCCGCACAGCCUUCUACAAGAAGAACAACCGCUGGACCGAAGGACUGAUCUCGGCGGCCAAAGCGGUGGCUUCGUCGACAAACACACUGAUUGAAACCGCGGAUGGUGUGAUCAGCGGUCGAAACAGUCCCGAACAGCUGAUUGUGGCUUCCAACGAUGUUGCCGCGAGCACGGCACAGUUGGUUGCCGCUAGCCGAGUCAAGGCCAGUUUCAUGUCCAAGACCCAAGACCGCCUCGAACAGGCAUCCCGUGCGGUCGGUUCGGCUUGUCGAGCAUUGGUCCGGCAAGUUCAGGAUAUUAUCAAGCAGAAGCAGCGAGAUGAGGGUGAGAAUGUAGACUACGGCAGUCUCAGUGGUCAUGAAUUCAAGGUGCGGGAGAUGGAGCAACAGGUUGAAAUCCUUCAGUUGAGAAAUGCUCUCGAUGCUGCGCAGGCUAGGCUGGGUGAGAUGCGUAAGAUCUCUUACCGAGAAGACUGA